AUGACGUGUUCUGAUAAGAAGUCCUGCGAGGGCUGUUGCAGCAAUGACGCACCCCAAUCACUAAACAUCGAGGACUGCCUAAGUGAGCUGCAGGCCCUGCGACGACGCAAUAAGGAGCUGGAGACUCGUAUCAAAGUCACAAGCGGGGCAGACAAUGCCCAAGUCACCGUCAAACAACCGGGACGAACACUUCGUUCGUCCGCAUGGUUCGAUUGCCGCAGCAACCCCGGUAUGACAGCGAUCUACAUGGAGCGGUAUUUCAAUUUCGGUAUCACCAAAGAAGAGCUAAUGUCCGGUAAGCCGAUGAUUGGGAUUGCUCAGACGGGUUCGGAUAUUGCACCUUGCAAUCGCCAUCAUAUAGAGCUCUCCAAGCGUGUUCGUGAGGGUAUUAGAACUGCUGGAGGGAUUCCAUUUGAGUUCCCCACACAUCCUAUCCAGGAGACAUCGAGGCGGCCCACUGCAACCCUUGAUCGCAAUCUGGCUUAUCUUGGCUUGGUGGAGAUCUUAACGGGGUAUUUCCUUGAUGGUGUUGUGCUACUUACCGGGUGUGAUAAGACAACUCCGGCCUGUUUGAUGGCUGCGGCUACGGUGAAUAUCCCGGCUAUCUGCAUGAACGUGGGACCUAUGCUCAACGGCUACUCCAAGGGAGCUUUGACCGGAGCAGGCACUGUACUGUGGCACGGGCGAGAGCUGUUCGCCACGGGUGACAUCGACGAACAUGAGUUUAUGGAUUACAUCGCCCGAGGAACUCCAUCAGUCGGUCAUUGCAAUACAAUGGGAACUGCCUCAACCAUGAAUGCCCUCGCGGAGUCCUUAGGAAUGGCACUCCCCGGCUCAGCCGCCAUCCCCGCUGCCUAUCGUCACAGAGCUCAAUGUGCCUACGAAACAGGCAAACGGAUUGUGGAGAUGGUAGAGGCCGACCGAAAGCCGUGUGAUCUCAUGACACGUGAGGCUUUUGAGAAUGCUAUCGUAGCGAACGCCGCAAUCGGCGGUAGCACGAAUGCUCCUAUCCACAUCAACGCUAUCGCGCAGCAUGCAGGCAUAGAGGUAUCCAUGGAUGAUUGGGAUACUCUUGGAUCUACCAUCCCGCUGCUGUUGAAUAUGCAGCCUUCAGGGGAGUAUCUCGGCGAAGAAUAUUAUCGCGCUGGAGGAUUGCCGGCUAUUAUGGCUGAGCUACUAGACCAGGGCAAGCUGAACGGCGAUGUGCUCACUUGCAAUGGCAAAACUCUCGCUGAGAAUGUCCGUGGGAAGCAUUCAUGGGAUCGGCGUGUCAUUAAACCAUACGAUGAUCCUUUGAUGAAAGAUGCUGGAUUUGUUCAUUUGAAGGGUAAUCUCUUCGACUCUGCAAUCAUGAAGACCUGUGUCAUUUCACCUGCAUUCCGGAAGCGAUACCUCUCCAACCCCGAUGACCCCGAGGCAUUUGAAGGAUCUGUUGUGGUGUUUGAUGGACCCGAAGACUACGAAGAUCGCCUGGAAAAUACACCACAUAUUGAUGAGAAAACUAUUCUGGUAAUGCGCGGUGUUGGUCCUAUCGGGUAUCCUGGAGCAGCGGAGGUCGUCAAUAUGCAUCCACCAGGCCGACUCUUGAAAGAGGGUAUUGAUGGACUUUUCUGCAUCGGGGAUGGUAGACAAUCGGGAACAUCUGGAUCACCUUCCAUUUUGAAUGCUAGCCCCGAGGCCGCGGCUGGAGGCAAUCUUGCUAUUUUGAAAGAUGGUGAUAGACUUCGCAUUGACUUGCGCAAAAGGCGGGUUGAUAUGCUCAUUACCGACGAUGAGAUUGAACAAAGAAGGAAGGCAUUGGGCGCCAAAGGAUAUCCCACUGCUCCGGCUAAUACUCCGUGGCAGGAGAUCUUCCGUCAGGAAACUGAUCAGCUGAGCAAUGGUAUGGUGCUACGAAAGGCAGUCAAAUAUCAGCGGCUAGCUCAAGAAGGCCAGCCACUGCGCCAUAAUCAUUGA